CUAAAAAGCUCAAAUUUUUUACCUGUGAAAGUGUAAAGUGCAAACCAGCAGUGGCAAAAGAGGGUUUAAGCACACAGCCAUGGCAGAACAAGAACAAUCACCCCUCCAAAACCUGUGGCACGAACUUCGAGAUUUAACACUGGGCACCACAACCCAAAUUGACCACAUCUCUUCCCCACCCACCCCACUCCACUUCCUCCGCAACUACGUCUCCCCUAACAAGCCUUGCCUCAUUUCCAACUCCAUUAAUCACUGGCCAGCCACAUCUCUCUGGCACUCAACACCAUACCUCCUCAACACCCUCUCUUCCUCCCCGGUCUCGCUUCACCUCACCCCAAAAGGCCAUGCUGACUCACUUUCCCGACACCCCACUUCCUCGUCUUCACUUUGCUUUGCUUCAGCUGAAGUGCAACGUGUUCGUUUUGAAGAUGCAUUGACACGGGUGUUGGAGUCGGAUACGAAGCGUUGCGUGGGGUACUUGCAGCAGCAGAAUGAUUGUUUUAGGAGUGAGUAUGGGGCGUUGAGGAAUGAUUGUGAUGAGGAUAUUGACUGGGCGUCUCAGGCGUUUGGGUGUUUGCCUGAAGCGGUGAAUCUUUGGAUUGGGAAUGAGAUGUCGGAGACGUCGUUUCAUAAGGAUCAUUAUGAGAAUGUUUAUGCUGUUGUUUCUGGGGAGAAGCAUUUUUUGCUUCUUCCUCCUACUGAAGUUCAUAGGAUGUAUAUUCGUGACUAUCCUGCUGCCCAGUACCACUACUCCCAGGAUAAUGGGGAGUUCUCUUUGGAACUGGAGGAACCAGCGAGGAAUGUCCCAUGGUGUAGCGUUAAUCCAUAUCCUUCACCUGAGUUGAAGGAGAAGGAAAUGGCCAAAUUCCCCUUAUAUUUCAAUGGACCAAGACCGUUUGAAGUUACAGUCAAGGCAGGCGAGGUUCUUUACUUGCCAAGCAUGUGGUUUCACCAUGUUAGACAGAGCCCGGACAGCAGAGGACUCACCAUUGCUGUAAACUACUGGUAUGACAUGCGAUUUGAUAUCAAAUAUGCUUACUUCAACUUCCUGCAAUUGCUGCCUCAUUCCAUGCUGUGUAAUUGUGCAUCAUCUGGAAAAUUAGGUGUGGAGUCACAAAACAAUUCAUCUAUAUGCUACUCUGAAGAUGAAUCCAGCAUGGACAACACUACUGCUUCUGCAAAUGAUAAUAUAUCAAACGAUCCUGAUGACGCCGCAGAAAAGUAAGUAUCACUCUUUGUCAGGAACCCAAUGCUGAGGAGAAGCAAGGAAAUUUUGAGUUCGACAGAUCCAACUUUUCCGUUCAUUGUUGUCCUACCAUCUGCAACUCUGAUUUAAUCAGCAAAGCUUCAUUUACAUGUUUUACUUAACAGCAAGGGAAGGUCAAUCUGAUCCGAUUGAAUGAAGAAGAGUGGCCAUUAGGAUGUACCAGAAUCUCCUCAAAUGAUACAAAACACUAGGUUUUUGCCAUAGAUUGGAGCAGAGUACACAAAUGGAGUUUACAGUAGGAGUUCACAAACCGCCUCCCAAUAUUAAACUAUCUAUUUUGCUUGCUUCUACUUGAAUUUCUGCAUGUAAGUGCCUCCAGAUUGUGUUAGUGGAAACAUUUGUUUCCCAGUGAGAAGGAAAAUGGACAAGCCAGAGCUGUAAUCCUUGUGAAUAAUUUUGUGUGCACAAUUUGGAGUGUCGUGUAAUUCAUCAUUUUUCACUUUUACUAAUGCAGGUCAUGGGUUCAAAACGUGGAUUGUAAAAUAGAAUUAACAAACUUCAUAUGAUUACUGCAAAGUUUGUUUAG